CUGAUUCACAGAUGUGCUGGUGCGCCUGCGUCAAAUGGAAAUUAGACCUCCUCGAGUUGAAGACAACAAUCUAAAUAGGCGACCUGACGGAAUGAAUCAGUUUGAACAUUUAAAGGAGGAAGAAGGGGAGGAUCAUGAAGAGGUGUCCUCACGGGAAGACAAGAAUGAUACUGACAGUGGGACAGUAAACAACAAUAAUAACAACCGGCGGAAGACUAUAUCCCCUGCGGCGGGAGAACAUCCACUUCAGUAUAACUACACAUUUUGGUACUCCCGCAGAACGCCUAGUCGACCUGCCAACACUCAAAGCUACGAACAGAAUAUUCGCCAAAUCGGUACUGUGGCCUCGGUGGAGCAGUUCUGGAAAUUCUACAGCCAUCUGGUACGGCCGGGUGACCUCACAGGGCACAGUGACUUCCACCUCUUCAAAGAGGGCAUCAAACCAAUGUGGGAGGAUGAGGCCAACAAGAACGGAGGAAAGUGGAUCAUCCGGCUACGGAAGGGCCUUGCUUCCCGCUUCUGGGAGAACAUCAUCCUGGCCAUGCUGGGAGAGCAGUUCAUGGUGGGGGAGGAGAUCUGUGGCGUGGUGGUGUCCAUCCGCUUCCAGGAAGACAUCCUGUCCAUUUGGAACAAGACGGCCAGUGACCAGGUUACCACUUCCCGUAUCCGUGAUACUCUGAGACGUGUUCUCAACCUACCACCAAACACCAUUAUGGAGUACAAGACCCACAAUGACAGCCUCAAGGAUAACUCAAGUUUUCGUAACACAAAGAUUACGUUGUGACAACAUUUGUGGACAUGUAGAGGGGAACUCUGACAGACUGGAUGGACAAACUGAUGGAUGGAUGGAUGAAUGAAUCAAUGGACAUAUGUUUGGAUGUGCACAUGAAUCUUUUCCCCUAGCUGCUUUUCUCCUGGUCAAGUGCAGAACUGAUGUCUGUGUGGAAUGAGAGGAGCAUUGGAGUUCAUGUUUUGAUGGGACCACACACACACACACACACCCACACCCUCUGACAAGCUCAAACUCAGACACAGCCGAAGAGAAGAGACAGUGAAGCAUGAUCAUCUUGAACAAUUCCCUUAUCUUUGUAAAGAAAUGUCUAAAUAAGAUUGAUUUGAUUCA